GUUAUUAUUUAAAAUCAGGUAAAAACACAUCUGUACGUAUUAUAUUUCCUAUCUUAAUUUUAGAAAUAUCAAAAUGGACCCCUCAAAGACUCUCGACGAUGUUCCUGAUAAUCUUUCUGCCAAAUAUAAAGAUUCAUUUGCAUAUUUGACGGUCAGAGACAGGAUGCCAGUUAUCCUCACAAAAGUUGUGGAUACAGUCUACAGGAUGAAGAAUAAGAUGAGAGAUGAAUGUGGAGAGGACACUUCUGAUGAGUUGAAGGACAUCACAGGCAGAUUAUCUAAGUUGCGGUUUCAGAUUCAGACAGAUAAACCUGUCGAACAUUUAGAGGAUUCUCGUACCGAUACACAGUUUUGGAACCAGCACCAUCAAGAUCUACUCAAGUUAAACAACGGGAAGCCAAUCAAGUGGUUUUCAGCAGCAUGGUUAUAUUUGGAGUGUUACAUGUACCGUCGCAUUCAGGAAUCUGUUGAACUCACCCACAAGUUGAAAGGCCUCGAUGUGUUUGAAGAACAGAAGCGUGAAGCGUACCACACAUCAGAGGGUGCUGUGACAACGCUGCUGACAUAUCUUCUGGAAGUAGUCGGACAGUGCCAGGGAUACUCCUCGGAGGAGAAAGCUGACAAGUUGAAGCAGUUUCUAGAGGUAGCGCUGUGGGGCAACAAGUGUGACUUGUCCAUCUCGGCCGGAUUUUCCAACUCCCAGACAACCUGCAUCCUGGAACAACUCAACCUCCUCAACCCCAACAUCCUUGCCGACGACUCGCAGCACGUGAUUCAGACUCUACAGCAGAAGCGUCAGACCAGGGGUCAAGCUGGGAGGGUGGACAUCGUACUGGACAAUGCCGGCUUUGAGUUGGUCACAGACCUCUGCUUGGCCGAGUUUCUUAUGUCUGCUGACCUUGCUUCCAGCAUCCACUUCCAUGGCAAGGCCAUCCCGUGGUUCGUGUCCGACGUCACCCGGAACGACCUGGAGUGGAUGCUGCAGAUAAUGAUGGGCACUAACAAUCUGGCAAUAUCCACGUUCGGGGCCAAAUGGCAGGAAAGGCUCAAGUUAGGAUCCUGGGUUUUUCAUGAUAGUGAUUUCUGGACAUCUCCAUUCGAUUUCAGUUUGAUGAAAAAACGAGCGAAUGACCUGUACAGCGACCUUGGUGAAGCAGACCUUGUGUUUUUUAAAGGUGAUCUGAAUUACCGUAAGUUGGUUGGAGACAAGCGAUGGGACCCUACCGACUCCUUUUCCAGGUCCCUACGAGGGUUCGAACCUGCUCCUCUGUGUAGUCUGCGUGCUCUCAAGUCGGACGUUGUGGUCGGAUUGAAGCCAGGUCUGGCAGAGAAGACUGAACACCACGACAAAGACUGGAUGAUUAAUGGAAAGUGGGCAGUUAUUUCAUUCCACCAACUUUCAGGACAUUCUUAAAGAUUUGUUACCGACGAGGAAACACAGGGGAUAUUUUGAUGACUGUUGCUGAGAUCUCACAUAUUUUCCAAUUGUGCUAUAAUGAAUUGGAAGUAUUCAGGAUUCAGUCUCAAUUUCACCCCAUUCCCAUAUGGUCUUCAUGCUGUGUUUUAUGUUGUAACAGGAAAUGUCUGGAAACGGAUUGAUUUAGUGACCAAUGUUGAAGGUUGGAUUGCACCGUUUUAAUCAAUCUACGUACAUGUGAAAUGCAUUUUAUGACCUAACCUGUGAUGUGUUCUUGCCGUAUGAUUUAAUCCUGAUCAGGCUGUGUAUUGCAUUUCCACUUUGUAUGUACCGUAUCCAGGACUCGAUUUAACGAUAUGAAACUGGCACCAGUGCAACCUAUUUUUGAAAAGUGCAAACUAAUAUUUAUGUCUACAUGCACCAAGUGCAUGAUAAAAUAUUCACUUUUGUGUCUGACUCAGCCUUAGGUUUCAACACAACAAUCUGGGUUUGUCUGGUACAACUAGGUUUCCAUAUCAACAUGCACCUGGUGCAAGUUAAAUCAAGUUCCUUGAAUCGAGACCUGCCUAUCUCUUAGGGCUGGGACAAGUCCAAAUUUACUGCCCGGGUACCCAUCCCCCUAUUACCUGACCCUACCCGGGUAUUCACUGUAUGUCUCAAGAGAUAGGUACAAAAUGUCUGAUUGUAAAU